GCUUACUCUUCUUUCAUCCUGUCCCAAGCCGAGGCGCCGAGACCCUCGAUUGGGAGUGAUCCGCUCACUGAUUGAAACCUUCCAUUGAUUUGGUCCUUUUGCUUCCAAUGAUGGUUAUUACCCUCCACUGAUUGAAUCCAUGGGCGGAAGGAGAUGCCGGAAUACGACAACGACGCUGGAUGGUCCUGAAUAAAUUGAAUUGAACUAAUAUCUGAGACAGAAUUUGAAAGAGAGAGCGCGCCAUGGACCACCAAGAAAGACCAGAUCCUUUGGCGUCAACGGCAUCUCCUUCACCCGCAAAGGCGGAAAAAGGACGCAAGAAACAGUCCCCGGCUCAACCAUGGAAGAAACCCCCUGGGUUUCCCAAGCGUUAUUUGUCAGCUUAUAACUUAUUCUUCAAGCAAGAGAGGGAGCGGCUGUUGAAGAACAAGCCAGGAUCAGAAGGGGGGGAAGGACCUGACGGAGACGAUGCUAUUCCAAUGAAACCUGAGCUGCCGGAUCCCAAUGCCCCCAAGGCAAAGGGACCAAGAAAACAUGCUAGAUCAUCUGGUAUUGGUUUUGCCAACUUGGCAAGGAUAGUAGCCAAAAAAUGGAAAACCCUUGAUCCUGCUUUAAAAGCCCCUUUCGAGGAGGUUGCAAAUAGGGACAAAGAGCGAUACAAGAAGGAAAUGGUCGUGUGGAGAGCUCAGCAAGAAAAAAAGAAACAAUCCAAGGAAAACGGGUCACGAGGGGAAAAUGGUGGAGAUACUAAAGUCAGUGCUAUGCAACAUGGGGAUCCAAAAGCAGAUCCAUCCCUAGUUCCAGACAUAUCGCACGCUCAACCCGACGCUGCUCAACAUGGCCAUGAGUCGUUCCACCCAAGCAGUCCAGGAUCGGAAGCACGUCUACCUGGAAGACAAUCAAUGCCCCCAUCCCAACAUGACGCACAUCUAUCAGCCUGGAAUAACUAUGGUGCACCCCCGACGCAUGACAGGAGUCUGUAUGCAAGGGAGGCAGAUAGGCAUCCACCAGGGAGUGCGCGGUACAUGGAAUAUGACCGACCAACGAGUGCCUUUUCUCCAGGGCCAGGAGGUCGCAGGCCAGAGGAAGACUACUAUCGCUAUGCUUGGUGGGAUGGAUACGACUACCGCUAUGAUCAUCGGUAUGAUCGAAACUUCUAUGCCCCGCCGUACGCCAUGCCUUACCACGCGCAGGGACGCCAAAUGCCUGGGAUGCACUAUCGCGGUCCUGAUGCCGGCCGCCCAAUGCCAAUGAGACAUAUCCCACCGACAAGCUCCCCUUACCCACAAAAUGGCCUAGGUUCUAGCAGUUUUGACGGAUACUAUCCACAACCACCACCGCCGCCACCUGGUCAUCAUCCGACAGCGCAACAACACCCCGACAAUCUGCCAUCGCAACGAAAACACUAUGCCCAACCACCAACCUAUCCGCCACCUCCAAGCCACGGGAAGAACCGUGGAACUCCACCGCAAGCCUACCAUGCUCGGCAACCUAACAGCCCGGAUUCCGAAGAGACAUGGCAGCGCCCAGCGUCGCGAGAUCACUUCGAGCCUCCAGGAAACGAACCAACGUCAGCUGCAAGUGACAGCAAACGGGCUGCAAUUGCAGCAGCCCCGAGUGACUCUUCACAACCUCUUGCCCUCAAGCAUCAAGAUGGAUCCGAAUUUGAGACUGUGGAAACUAACCUCGACAACGACACAGUGGAUUUCUUGACAACACUGGAGCUCGAGUGAAUCUUGACUAUUAUUCUUCCUAUGCACGCUACAAUUCUUUCAUAAAGCGCUACUACGCGCCACUUCAACUCAUACCGCACCAACAAAGUAUCGCAAUUCGCGAGCACAUCAAUAAACUGAGGAUUCGUCCUCGUUCAGUCUAUUCAUAACCUGCUGAAGCCCCUUCGUGGGAGCUUCAUAACCUCGUUCACAACUCAUAACUUAUCCCAUAACGCAUAAUCAUAAAUCAAUACUAACCCAUACCGUAGC